AUGAGGCCCGCUGGCGGUUGCCGCGGGAGCGGGCUGCUGGUUCUCGGCCUCGCGCUCUGGGUCUCGGCGGCGCUGCUGCUCCGUGGCUGCGCGGGGCAGCAAGCGGAGGAGGACGGCGCGGACGCCCCGGCGGCGGCGGCGGCAACGGCCCCCAUGGAGGAGAAGGAGCGCAGGGCCCUGUACGCCACCAUCGAGAGCUUCGUCGCCAAGGGGUGGAACGGCUCCGGGCUCUACCACGACCCCUGUUGGUCUCCCAUCCAGCGGAGCGUGAAGGACGAGGCCAGUGAGUCGUGCGAGUGGGUGUCUCCGGGGUGA